CCGCGUGGCGUCACCGCGGCGCGCGGCCCCGGGGAAUGAGCGCUGCCGGAAGGGGCGGUGCCAAGAGCGGCGGCACUUCCGGGAGCGGCGCGGGGCGGAGGGGGAACAUGAGCUGGAUCCCGUUCAAGAUCGGGCAGCCCAAGAAACAGAUUGUACCCAAGACAGUGGAGAGAGACUUUGAAAGGGAAUAUGGGAAGCUGCAGCAAUUGGAAGAUCAGACCAAAAAACUUCAGAAGGAUAUGAAGAAAAGCACAGAUGCAGAUUUGGUGGGCGUUGUUUAUAUGGAGCAUUUCAAGUCCCAGAGGAGCUGUGGGAGGACUUUCUUUUUCCGUUCUGUUCCAUGGCAGAGUCACAAAUGAGCCUUGGCCAGAGCCAGGAUGAUCUGAUUUCUCAUUUAAAGGCUUGAAAUGCCAUGUCCAAGUCUGCAGUGAAGAUCUCCUCAGACCUGCUGUCCAACCCCCUGUGUGAGCAGGAGCCCUCCUUCCUCGAGAUGGUCACGGCCUUCGACACGGCCAUGAAGAGGAUGGACUCCUUCAACCAGGAGAAGGUGAAUCAGAUCCAAAAGACAGUCAUAGAGCCUUUGAAAAAGUUCAGCAGUGUCUUCCCGAGCCUGAACAUGGCAGUGAAGCGCCGGGAGCAGACGCUCCAGGACUACAAACGCCUGCAAUCCAAGGUGGAAAAAUACGAGGAAAAGGAAAGAACUGGCCCUGUCCUGGCCAAGCUUCACCAGGCCCGGGAGGAGCUGCGCCCUGUGAAGGAGGACUUUGAAGCCAAGAACAAGCAGCUCCUGGAGGAGAUGCCCAAAUUCUACAGCAGCCGCAUCGAUUACUUCAAACCCAGCUUUGAGUCGCUGGUCCGGGCACAGGUUGUCUACUACACGGAGAUGCACAAGAUUUUUGGGGACCUGACGGCGCAGAUCGACCGGCCCGGGCUGAGCGACGAGCAGCGCGAGCGCGAGAACGACGCCAAGCUCAGCGAGCUCCGCGCCCUCUCCAUCGUGGCCGACGACUGAGGCCAGGCUGGGGAUGGGGAGGGGAUGGGGAUCCCCCCCUUUCACCCCAGUUCCCCUCCCAGGGCUGGACUUGUGGGGCUGGAGCUGCUCCCAUCGCCCCAGGGCUCUGCAUCGUCUUUGUCAGUCCAGGAAUGAGUUUUGCCUUAAAUUUUGGGGUGUGGAGGAGCAGGAAAGGGAGCGAUCCCGCUCGGAUGAAGAUGGGGAGUGGGAUGUGGGGUGCUGGAUUUUCCCAGGUUCCAGCGUCCCUUGACACCCCCAGAGCCCAGAGGGUGAGACAGCCCCCCGCUCCUUCCCCUCAUUUUGUGCCUUAGUAGCCCAGUGUUCCCCUCAGGGGAGGGUAAAAUCACUCAAAUCCCAUUUUUUGAGGUACAGGGAGAGGGUGAUGCUUCUCAUGGUGAGCAUCCAUCCCUCUUUUCCCAGGAAUGGUCCAAAGAGCCUGUGCCCCAGAGCUGGGGGGUGCAGGGUGGGGACAGGGGACCACAGACCCCAGAGCAGGGACAGGUGGGGACAUCCCUAAGGGAGACAACCCAGCCAGGAGUAAAACCUAUGGAAAACUGGGGGGCUUCAGCCCCUCCUCGGUGUGUGGGAGGGGCCGCAGGGACGCCGUGGCUUGUCCCCAAUAAAGUUUUUAGCAGCGCAGCGCGGCCGGGGCCGUGUCGGUGCCAGCGCCGGGGCCGUGUCGGUGCCGCUGUCACCGCCGGGCCGCUGUCGCCCUCUGCCGCCGCCCGGCCGCCACUGCAGGGGGACGCGGGGGGCUCGGGGUGUCCCUGGAAGGGAAAUCUGGGAUCGAACAUCGGCGCGGGAAGGAAACGGCCUCAAAGCACGAGGAAUGGAGUUUUCCAGCACAAUAGAGGCAAUUUGGGCCUUUAAGGGUAA